CUAUGCUUUAUCACGCUCGGUGACCGCAAUUUUUUUCUCACUUCUGCAGUUUGUCUGUUCCUGAGAGAAGCUCAUACGAACUGUCUCAUUUCUUAUUUCUUGCGCACUAUUCUUUACACACAAUCUGAAGGCUCGCUCACGGUACUACCGAACGAAGGCGCGGAUAAAGUUACGGCGAACAAGGAAAGUGCAGAAAAUAUAAAAGAGAACGACAUGGUGAAACUGGAAGUCAAAUUUGGACUUGUAAAUGCGCAGGGUCUUUUUUGUAAAAGAUUCGAGCUGAAAGAGAAAAUAGAAAAGUCUAAUUUCGACUUUGUCACUGUCACAGAAACCUGGAAAAUGAGUAAUUCCGAAUUGAAAGAGGCAUGUCCGGAAGGGUUUAAAUUUAAGUACAAACCAAGAAAAGACGAGAGGCAAGGCGGUGGAAUUGCUCUUUUUUUCCAAGAUAGCAUCAUAAGUACUCCCCGUUCUCGCAAAGAUUACGAAACAUUCGAAUGCCUCGAUACUUCCCUUUACGUAUUAGGCGCGGGAACAGACAUUAGGCUCAUCAACAUCUACAGACCGCCGGACAGUAACAAAAUCAAAUUUUUGGAGGAGUUUGAGUCUCUUUUAGCAGCAUCGAACAGAAGCGAAGAAAACCUAUUCAUCACUGGCGACUUCAAUUUGCACGUUGAGAAUCCCAAAUCCAGAGAAAAAGAAUUCCUCGAAUUAAUAAAAUCGCAUGGCUUCAAGCAACACGUCAAGAAACCAACGCAAGAAAAUGGCGGAAUUCUCGAUUUGAUCAUGACUGACCCGGAUGAUUUGUUUGUCAAAAACGUUCGAGUUAGUGAAUUUUUUAGUGAUCACAAAUUUGUUCAGUGCAUGUUACAGAUAUAAAAAAAAAAGGAAAACAUCUUCGAGAGGGAAGAGCAAUUUAGAAAAGCAUUAUAUAAGAUACGAUAUGGCGGAGAAACGUUUAAAAACAUUAUUGAUUAUGUUUUAAAGAGAAAUUUUAAGGUCACCCAGGCUAAUGUUUGAUUCAAUUUGUAUGGUAAGCUAAGGUAAUCGUGUAUCCCAGCCACACAUCUUUAAGAUGGUGCUGGUGCUUGUCGCCGCAAGAGACGAUACAUUCGAAAACUCGACGACUCUCCAAUUCCCUCUGAAGACGGCCAGUUUUCUAUCGAUCCAUCAGAAACCCUAAAGUAAACUUAGAUCUCUGAUUGGCCAUUAUCAAUGGCAUUUACAUUGUUUUAUGUGGACAUAAAGUGAUUCCAACGGUUUUUCCAUCACCGUUUGUUGGUACAAUCAGAGAAACACGUCAACAAACCAACCAUAAAUUAUAAAAGAAAGUAAAGCAGCCUGCCAAUAAACAAGCGGUAUAUGACAUCCUACUCUCAUCUAAAGAAGAAGCUCCCCUCGACGAUGGGUAAAAAACAGACCAUAUAACGAGUUUGAGAGAGAAACGACUGUUUUUCAAUUUGAGUGGCUAACUGUGCAAUGAUGACAAGUCCAGUGACCUCCCACGUUUUUGUUCCCACCCUUAUUUUAAAAACCGUAAGCCUUGUAUCCUCAACUGCACUUCUUUGUUUGCCACCUGGCUUCGCUCGAUGCUAGUAGAGGCGACAAAAUUUGCAGAUUCCACUUACGGAGCAUUUAAUUGUGUUAUGUGCAAGUAUAUGUUCUCUAUAUUAUUAUUUGCCGCGCACCUAGGCUAUCUCAUGUGGGGACUAAAGUUUUUCAAAAUACAUAAUUAAAGCAUCACCAA